UUAGAUAUGAAGACCAAAUACAGUGAUUUAAUAGCAACCACUCGCCAGGCAUUUGCUUCGGGUGUGACCAGAGAUAUAGAGUUUCGUAAAUGUCAACUGAAAGCAUUGUACCGAUUUCUGGUGGACAACGAGUCGCUGAUCGUAUCGGCGCUCAAUGAAGACCUUAGAAAGCCGUCGUUUGAGACCCGAAUGGCCGAAAUUGAUUUCUGUCUGAACGAUAUUCUCGGACAGUUGUUUAAUAUCGACAAAUAUGUGUCCCGCAAAACUGUACCAAAAACGCUGGUCACUAUUGCCGACAAUCCAUUUAUUUUGCCCGAACCCUACGGACUCGUAUUGAUUAUCGGCGCCUGGAAUUACCCGAUUCAGGUGACACUCAGUCCACUUAUCGGUGCCAUUGCUGCUGGAAAUGUUGUAUUCGUUAAGCCGUCAGAGUUGUCACCGAUGACCGCAAAACUCUUUCACGAAUUGUUGCCGAAAUAUCUGGACAACCGGUGUUUUCACAUAGUUUUGGGCGAUGCCGAAGAUACCAAACAACUCUUGACAGAACAGUUUGACUACAUAUUCUUUACGGGCAGCAACCGUGUCGGCCGUAUUGUUCAUCAGUCGGCUGCACAACAUUUGACACCCGCGACUCUAGAGUUAGGCGGGAAGAGUCCGCUAUAUAUUGACGACUCGUUGCCAGAUAUGGAGAUGGGUUGGCGGCGUAUACUAUGGGCUAAAAUGAUAAACGCUGGUCAAACUUGUGUGGCGCCCGACUAUAUACUAUGUACAGCCAGUGUUCAGAAGACGCUGAUACCAAUUGCCACUAAAAUAUUGAAACAAUUUUUUGGUGAUAAUCCUAAAGAAAGUCCUGAUUUUGGCCGUAUUGUUAGUGAUCGACAUUUUGAAAGGUUAGAAAAACUGUUGAGCACUUCGGGAAAAGCAGUAAUUGGUGGUGACAUAGAUCUCACCGAUCGUUAUAUAUCUCCGACCAUAUUGUUUGACGUCGAGCCAACUGAUUCUAUAAUGCAAGAAGAAAUUUUUGGUCCUAUAUUACCAGUUAUUGUGGUCAAGGAUGUCACAGAAGCCAUAGAUUUUGUGAAUAAACGCGAAAAACCAUUAACUUUAUAUAUAUUUUCGACUCAACAGCAAGUGAUCGACAAGUUUCUUAAAGAGACGUCCAGCGGAUCCAUUUGUGUCAACGACGCUAUGAUUCAAUUGACAAUAGACUCACUACCCUUUGGCGGUGUCGGCAACAGUGGUAUCGGUGCAUAUCAUGGGAUGUACUCAUUUGAGACAUUUUCGCAUCAAAAAUCAGUGUUGAUCCGUGGUUUCAAUCCAUUCCUCGAAUGGGUCGGUUCUAAGCGAUACCCACCCUAUAGUGAUAACCGAUUGAAACGAUUGUUGCGUUUGUUACGUAAGCGAAGGUCUAUUAUACCCGAAAACAUUAUGUAUUACAUUGUAUUCAUAUUGGGAUUUAUCACAUGCUUUCUGUACAAUCAAUUUGAAUGA